UUGAACGGUAUAAAAAUGAGCAGGCUUUCGAGUAUAAGGCGAGUAAUAACGUUUUCUUUUUCUUGAAAGGAAGUAUAGAAGGGCAAAUUAAAGUUACACUUGUUGGGAUAGAUAAUGUUUUCCUUGGUGUUCGUAACACAAAUAAUGAAAUUCCUUAUAGUGUUGGAACACUAAAAAAAAUAGAAGAUCCCGUUAUGUUGUCGGUUCAUAAAAAAGAUGAUGCAUAUUUAAGUGUUAAUAACGAUCCAAACAGUAAAAUCAAUCUUAAGAAAAUUAUUGAAAAUCCAGGGCGCCCAGAACUAUAUACGGCAGGAAAACUACGAUUAGAAUUGGUAUUCAACGAAUCUGGGGGAACCGGCUUUCAAGAAAAUUUUGGUG